CCUUGCUCUGUCACCUCAGCCUUUGCCGAUGGCCCCGUAUGAGGAAGUGAGAGUGUCGGGCUUCGAGGAGUUCUACAAGGCUGUGGAGCAGCACAAAGGCAAGACCAUUUUCGCCUACUUCACAGGUUCCAAGGACGCCGAAGGGAAAAGCUGGUGCCCCGACUGUGAACAGGCUGACCCAGUGGUACGUGAAGGGUUGAAGCAUAUUAAAGAAGGAUGUGUGUUCAUCUACUGCCAAGUAGGAGAGAGACCUUAUUGGAAAGAUCCUGAUAAUGACUUUAGAAAAAACCUGAAAAUAACUGCAGUACCUACGUUGCUUAAACAUGGAACACCUCAGAAACUGGUAGAAUCUGAGUGUCUUCAGGCCACCCUCGUGGAAAUGUUAUUCUCCGAAGAUGAGUAAUUGAUGAUGGCAAUUGUCUUGAUUUCCUGAUUUUAUCAACUUGUACACUUGCUUUGAAUUCAUGUGAAUAGUGAUGUAAAAAAAUAAUGGCAGUGUGGCUAAACAGUGCUAUUAAAAUCCUCACAAAU